AUGCCAGAUUGUAAAAGUGACUUGGUGUCUUUACAUGAGGGUGUUAUAAAUGAUCCUUCAGAACUGAGUGAAGUGAGGAUUUCAGAUGAGAAGGGAUCUGUUGACAGAAGAAGAAUGACUGUGAUUGAGAAGAGUGGCUAUCACGACUCGGUGUACGCCAGUGCAGCUCAGAUUUUUCAAGGCAUUCGUACGGAAAAGCGUAGGGAUAGAGCCUUGGUGCGGUACGGUGGUGACUCAGUGUCUCCCAUGGUGACUCUUCAAGAUGAGCAUUCCCAGCGUGCAGCUUAUGAACUGGCUUUCAGUGCUCUCAAAUAUCAAGAUCUUCUGGAAGAAAUAUUGUUAGAUAGUAGUGUUUACCCGUGCCCAUCAAUACCAGAUGAAUUAACCAGCUUGCUUGUUGUCAUGCUUUAUGACCUACAAGACCGCAAGUUUGAACCACGGAAGGUUGUUAAUGAAGAGGAACCUGUAGCAGAAGUUCGGAAAGUAGAGCAUUAUCUGUACAGUUUUAGGACCAAACUGGCAGCUGCUCUAGCAAGAUGUCGCAUCAAAAACGAUGCUCUUUCCAUUGAGUGCAUUCUGCCAGAAGCCAUUCGCAAGCGGGAACAAAGGGCUUCUGCUUUACCUUUAUGUGUUUGGGUAAACACAUUGAAAAUCAGCCUUCAAGAUGCUUUCAGAGAUUUGAAGGAGGAAGGAUUCACAAGAGUUGCAUCUGUGGCAGACUUGGACCAUGACACUUACUGUGUGGACCAGCAUUGCCAUGAUGUAUUGUUUUUUCCUUCCUCUCUUAAAGAAAAACUGCUGAAUUCAGAUCUUUUUGCAGAUUUCAAACUCCUACUGCAGGACAAGUCUCGCAGCCUUGCUGUGCACUCUGUGCAGGCACAGCUGGGUACAGAAGAUGAUGUUAUAGUGGCUCACCUGGGUUCCCAUCUCACCAUUGCCCAUCUCUCAGCACUGACAGCUCAGAGCACAUCCAGGAUUUUUGUCUGUGGUGUAAAAUCGUCAGCAAAAGCAGAUGAACUGAGGAACUUACUCACUCACAUGGGAUGUCAAAAUAUUCAGUUGCUACAUGAAGACUUCACUAAGAUUGAACCAACAGACCCGAGACUUGAAAAGGCAAAAGUCAUUUUGCUGCUACCACAGUGCUCUGGGCUGGGUGUUGGCAAUCCAAUAGACUUUAUUUUAAAUGAAUGUGGAGAUGCAGGAUUGCUGAGAGACAUCUUCCAAGGAUCAGUGUCUGAGGAUAGACUCCAUGUCCUGGCUGAGGGGCAGCUGAAUGAGCUGAGGCAUGCACUGCAGUUUAAAGUAGAAGCUGUUGUUUACUGUACUUGUUCAGUUUACCCAGAGGAAAAUGAACUAGUGGUGAAAAAAGCCCUGGAAUCUGGAGUGGAAGGAAAGAAAAUGCAGCCAUACAGGCUUAUUCCUCCUGUUUUUUCUCCUUGCUCUGAUUUGGAGGCUUCCACUGAAACCUUUUUCAAAAUGGAGCCAUCAGAUGUUUCCAGUGGCUGUUUUUUAGCUGUUCUAGCAAUAGAGAAAGAGCCUCCUGAAAGCCCGUCUGACAUUUUGGCUCGUGCUGCAGCAAAAGGGCUGCUAGAUGGUGGUGUGGACAAAACAAAGAGAGGGAAGAAGCAGAAAGGAGCACAGAAAGGAGCACAGCGCAGACAGAACAUUACCACCAGUGGAGCAGAGCCAAAGAUCACCCAACCUCACCAUCAAACUCUAUCUAAAGUUAAGGCUGAGGUGUCUGUCUCUAAAGCAGUCAGUAAAGCAGAAGAGAAGGUGGUGGACCAAAGAGAGAGCAGUGCUGAGGUGAAGAAAUCUAUCCAGCCCACUUCAGACACAGGUCAUGCGCCAGCCGCGGGCAAGGUGCGCGAGAGGCAGGCACCUGGCAGGAAGGUGCGGGCGGAACGCAAGAGGCUUGUGCUGAAGACUGUGGAGAUCGUUUUGCCUCCUGUGAUACCACCACCUGCAGCUCUGCCCCGAAACAAAGCCAGGAGCUGGACUCAUCAGCACUUGCAUUGCAGGGCUGCAGCAAAAGGGUCCAGUGGUAGAACACUUCCACCGCCUCUGUCUAAAGCGGUCAAACCAGCUGUGCCAAGCCACCCUUGA